UGUCUAUCAAAUUUCUUUAUAAAGUGAUUAAUAUGUCACAUGUCACAUGCAUUACUGCAAGUGUGUCUAUCAAGUGAUGGAAAUGUCACAAGCGUAAUUUUUUUUAUAUGCCACUUGUAGACACUAUUUAGUUUAUAAAUAGCUUGUGAAUUCUUUUUGAAGAUAACACCAAAUACUCACUCCACUUCCAAAAAAAUGUCUUCCAGUGAAAACUCAUCACUUUCAUCAGAUUCAAGUUCUGAUGAUUCAAAUACCAUUGCACUCAAUCAAUGGGAAGAACGAGUUUCUCAACAAAAUCAUCAAAUUUAUACAAUUAUUGAGAAUAUGUUAUCUAACAUUCCCAAUCUAACUGCAGGGGUCCAAGCUUCUAGAGUCAGAAAAAGGUAUUGUGAAAGGCAACGCGAGAUUGGUGCUGAGCGUUUGAUCAAUGACUAUUUUGGUCCCAACCCGACGUACGGAUCUGAGGUGUUCCGACGCCGAUUUCGCAUGCACAAAUCCGUAUUCCUUCGGAUAGUAGAAGCUGUAACUGCUAACGAUGAGUAUUUUCAGGAGAGACGCGAUGCUGCUGGGAGACAAAGUUUGUCCUCUUUACAGAAGUGUACAGGAACUAUGCGGGUGUUGGCGUAUGGGACAUCAUCCGAUGUCGUCGAUGAAUAUUUGCGGAUGAGUUCAACGGCGACAAGAGAUUCUCUAAUGCAUUUUGUUGAUGGUGUUAUUUCAUGUUUUGGUGCCACAUAUCUUAGAAGACCUACUGAACAAGAUAUGGCUAAACUUCUAUAUGUAGCAGAUCAACGUGGUUUCCCAGGCAUGAUAGGGAGUAUAGACUGCAUGCAUUGGCAGUGGAAAAAUUGUCCUAACGCAUGGGCUGGACAAUAUACCGGGAGAAGUGGAAAACCAACGAUCAUUUUGGAAGCUGUGGCAUCAUACGACUUAUGGAUAAGGCAUGUAUUCUUUGGGACUCCAGGGCAUAUUAUCUUACUGAUGGCAUAUAUCCUGCAUGGACUACAUUUGUCAAGUCAAUCACUUCUCCACAAACUCAAAAGCAUAAGUUGUUUGCUCAACACCAAGAGUCUAUUAGAAAAGAUGUUGAGCGAGCAUUUGGAGUCCUACAAGCACGUUUCGCAUUUUUGCGAAGGCCGUGUCUUGUAUGGGAUAAGAUUUUGAUGGGAAAAAUUUUGAUGGCUUGUAUCAUCAUGCAUAAUAUGAUAGUAGAAGAUGAACGUGAUACAUAUCAAAAUUAUUAUGAUGCCACUGAGUUUAUUCAAGAUACGCAUACAAGAGUACAUGAAGAAAAUGUUGAAGCCUUUUGCUAUUCCACUCAACGGAUCGGGAGCUUGUCAUCAUAUAUGACUAAUCGAGCUCAACUCCGCAAUAGAGAAGCUCAUAUUGCUCUUCGAGAAGAUUUGAUUGAGCACAUUUGGAUUAAAUUUGGCACAAACAAUUAAAUAUGUACUAAUGUUUAUCUUGUUUAAGCUAGCUUUUUUUUCACUCUUCAUUUGUAUUUUGGUUUGUUUAUUUCUAUUAUCGCCUUGUAUGU